UGCCCUUUUACAUUGAUUGCUCUGCUUGCAUCAGAGAGCCUGUAUCGAGGCGCCUGCGCACUGUGCUUUCUUCCUUUCCGCCUGUUGGUUCGCAAUGGCGCCACUGAAGAAGCAAGCUGCCAAAGGGGGCAAGAAAAAGAAGCAGGUCCUGAAAUUCACUCUGGAUUGUACCCAUCCUGUUGAAGAUGGUAUUAUGGAUGCGGCAAAUUUUGAGCAAUUUCUACAGGAGCGCAUCAAGGUAAACGGGAAAGCCGGUAACCUGGGCGGUGGUGUGGUCACAAUUGAGAGAAGCAAGAGCAAAAUCACUGUGACCUCUGAGGUUCCAUUCUCCAAGAGGUACCUCAAGUACUUGACUAAAAAGUACCUGAAGAAAAAUAACUUGCGUGACUGGCUUCGCGUGGUUGCAAACAGUAAGGAGAGCUAUGAGCUCAGGUACUUCCAGAUCAACCAGGAUGAAGAGGAAGAGGAAGAUGAAGAUUAAACCUUUGAUCUAGGAAUAUUUUGUAUAUUCAAUAAAAAUAA